AUGUUACAUUCAAACUACCCUUUGGCUGAAGAUAUGCGCGAAACAAUGGGCAUUGUGGCCAACGGAUCAAACUUUGGCAAGAAACCGAUGAGUAAAGGGCCUAAGCCUGUAACGAAUCGUCAGCGCGAACUGGUAGCUCAACAAGCACGCGAACUCGAGCAAGCCUUAAAGGCCAAUGCUGCACUGCAGAGAAGGCUGACGCUUUUGGAGCAACGCCUGGCCGAGCGGGCUAGAAUUGACAUCCCACGUCCGGGAUACAAAAUACCUUUUGAUCAACCCAUGUUUCCCCCCCAUCCUGACCCAUUGGAUGACCCUGAAGGAGUCGAAGACGACGACGAUGACCGUAACAACUAUGUGAUAGACCCCCUUGAAUUCAUGCCGAGGCCACCGGCACUUCCUAAUCAACCCGAAGACCCGGUAAUACUUGGAUUGCGACGAGAUCUACAUCUUCGAAACCGGCUGAUUCACGAGGAACGAUGGGCAUGGCAAUACGCCAUCAUGUUACCUACGUUUCUGCGGUGUCGAUUGCUAACUUCCAACUGGGGUAAUCAUGCAAAUUGGGACCACGACUUUCGAGGACCAUGCAACUGUUCCAAUGCGACUGAGCGCGAGGUUGACCUUGUGGAUGUUAUGAGUAGGCAACGUGUCAAGAUAAGGUUUUGCAAACGGUGUGAUCCAUCCGACAUGGCAGUUCAACACAUGGCACGGCAAUGGAAUCGGUCUCAAGCUCAAGAUGGUGAGGAUGAAGAAGUGUAUAAGGCCGAGCUUGUUCAAGCACAGGCGAUUUUAGGAAGGCUUGCGCGGGCAAAUGCCACUCAUACAACAGAUUAUUUCGAGCAACAAUGGGAGCGACAGCGGGAAAUCCAAUUGCGAGCAAUCAACGUGAGAGUCAAAGAGAAACGAGAACGACUCAAGGUGCUCCUCAAGCUAGAGGAGAACAUGCUUGAGGCUCGUCAGGAGAUGGCCGACCUUGACGCUAUCCAUGCGCCCAUUAGAACUCAGGAACAACAGCAUGAACUGACAAAUUUGCCUUUGUCUUUGGCAAAUUUGGAGGCGCAAAUACAAGAUGUUGCGGAGGAGCUGGGUAAUGCUGAGCUUUUGAAUGCUCGGGGUGGUGAAGAUGGCCAAAUCAAGGCGUGUCUCGUGGUGCAGGUGGCGCUGGGUCUGUUGUACGAAGCGAAGUUCGAUGUCAUCCAGCAAGAAGCUGAUGCCAAGAAUAAGACAGGUGCAAAACAGCAGCCUCGCAAUGAACAGCUCCGCGCAAAGAAGCAUGGCAUCUUGAAAAAGAAGACUGCAACCUAUCUACGACAUGCAACUAAGUACAACAUUCGGUUUGAACCAGCACAGAGGCUGCUCGAACCUACUUUUGAGGAGGUUCUGGGAAUGGAUCUACUUGAUCCAUUCUGGAAUGCGGGUGCAUUGAAUCACCCUGACGAGCCAUGGGCCAGUUGCAAGAGCACCAAAGAAGGGAUUGUAGCAUUUCGUAGUCAGAGAUCAUGUGAAGAAGAAUUGCGGUGUUUAGGGCGAGAGUGUAGACAACUCAUGUUGUGGGGGAUCGACUAUCAAUCGCGCGUUGUUAGAGCAAAGCCAAAUGCGGCUGAAGGCCACGAUCAACAGCUUGAAUGGGAGUCUCUGCAUAGUGGACUCGCCAAACGUACAUGUCGGCUUUGGAAGCGAUGGGACAACGCUUUGGUCAAAAUUUUGCAUUCUACAGCUCAAUAUGUAGAAGGAAGUAAUGCUCUAGAUGUGAACCUAUUACAGGACUGGACAGGAAUGGUUGCUGCGACAGCGGGACAAUGGGAAGCCGUAUUAGGUGUUAGAAUCAUCUGGGUGGAGGAGCAAGGUCAUGGGGAGGCAGGUGGUGCGGAGGAUGAGGAGGAUGAAUGA